AGCACAGAUGCCCUUCACUGACACGAGGAUGAUCUUCUGCUGUCUCGACGCAUGAGAGUCCAGCUCUGCUUCUCCUGCCGCUGGACAUCCAGACUGAAGUUCUGCUCAACCGCUGGAGAUUAUGUUCAGAGGACUUUUAAAGGAGGAGCCCCUUCAUGAACUCUCAGACUGUGGUGUGGAGCAGAAGCUGUUCUAGCGUGCUGAAGAUUGUGCUCUUUUAAAAUUGACGGGACUCUGAGAGAGAGAGAGAGAGAGAGAGAGAUCAUGGCUGGAUGUUGCAUGUCUGCCGAGGAGAAGGAACGGCAGAGGAUAAAUCAGGAGAUAGAGAAACAACUGAGAAAAGACAAGAAAGACUCGCGUAGGGAACUCAAACUACUGCUGCUGGGCACAGGUGAGAGUGGCAAGAGUACGUUCAUUAAACAGAUGAGGAUCAUUCAUGGCUCGGGUUAUACUGAUGAAGAUAAGAAGGGCUUCAUUAAGCUCGUCCACCAGAACGUGAUCAGCGCCAUGCAGUCCAUGGUCAGAGCUAUGGACAUGCUGAAGAUCGCAUAUGCUAACGCAGAAAACCAGGCUAAUGGUACACUGGUGAAUGAUAUUGAGGUGGAUAAGAUCAUGAGUUUGGACGAGGCCCAAUUCAGCGCCAUCCGGAGUCUAUGGAACGACACUGGGAUUCAGGAAUGCUACGACCGCCGGCGAGAGUACCAGCUAACUGACUCUGCCAAAUACUACCUGAGUGAUCUGGAUCGGAUUUCAGACGCUGCGUACGUCCCCACAGAGCAGGACAUUCUGAGAGUCAGGGUUCCCACCACAGGUAUCAUCGAGUAUCCCUUCGACCUGGAGAACGUCAUCUUCAGGAUGGUGGACGUCGGGGGUCAGCGAUCCGAGCGCAGGAAGUGGAUCCACUGCUUUGAGAACGUCACCUCCAUCAUCUUCCUGGUGGCUCUGAGCGAGUACGACCAGGUCCUGGCUGAAUGUGACAAUGAGAACCGGAUGGAGGAGAGUAAAGCUUUGUUUAAAACCAUCAUCACAUAUCCUUGGUUCCAGCAGUCGUCUGUGAUUCUCUUUCUUAAUAAGACAGACAUCCUGAAGGAGAAGAUUGUGCACUCUCACCUGGCCACCUACUUCCCAGAAUUCACAGGCCCCCAAAAUGAUCCAAAGUCAGCCCAGGAGUUUAUUCUUAAGAUGUACCAGGAUGAAAACGAAGACAAAGACAAAACCAUCUACUCUCACUUCACUUGUGCCACAGACACGGAGAACAUCCGCUUGAUCUUCGCAGCUGUGAAAGACACCAUCCUCAGACACAACCUUAAAGAGUUCAACCUGGUUUAAAGUCAACAACUAGUCCUCAUCCUGGAGGACAAUCCUGGUCCUGCUCUCUUCUGUUGAUCUGUUGAGUAGAUUUAUCUCUCACAUUAGCUUAACAUUGUUCUAUUGUUGACUAAGGACUUAUAUAAGGAAGUAUCUAGGAGAAUGCCCUAAUGGAUUAGAUGUCAAGCCUUGAUCUACCAUUACAAGGACGAACCUUCUUUUCAGUUGCGUUUAGGUCCUCUGAUAGAUGGGUAGGUUUCAUUGACAACAGAUUUUGCCAUUUUGCUCUUAAUGUGAGUCGAGUUUACAAGGGAUGCUACUUAGGAGGGGUUAAGGCACAUGUAAAAAAUGUUUUCCUGAUGUAAUAGAUCAAACUCUUGAAGACUCCUUGAAGCAUUUAAAGGCAAAAAAGAUGGAGAAGUUUACAUUUUAAUUUAAAAACAUGGAUUUUUUUUUUUUUAAAGAUGCUGUGAAGUUGCCUUAUGCAGUUGUAACGCAAGCCUGAAUCAUGAUUAUGCAUUUGUAGAAAUUAAAGUUAUACAUUUAAUUCACAUAUUUUUUAUGUAAUUAUGUUAUUUGAUUAUCUCAAUGUAAAAAAUAAUUUAAUAGCCAUUUUAAACUGGCGUUUUAGUGUCAAAUUGUACAUUGUAAAUGAUAUUUAUCAUUUAAAACAUGCAUAUUCCUUUAAAAAAAAAAAAAAAAGGUUUCUCACAGAAAAUUCAGUCACAGGGCAAAUUCAGAAAGUUUUCACAUUUACGCAGCCGCUGAUUUUUUCAUUACUUUACCUUGGUUUCGUAGCAGGUAUAUGCUGUAGUGAAUACCUGAAGUGCCUUUAAACUGUAAUGUCUGUAUCUGCUUUGAUAAUAUUUAUUAAACAAGGAUAUACAAGGAUAUGUUGUUACUCAUUCAAAUUUAACAAAAUUCUAAAUACGUUUAUUAAAUGUGCAUAAUUAGAAACUACAAGAAAAUGAUGCAAUAAAUGUUCAUG